CAUGAGCCGAGAUUUCAAACCCGGCGACUUGAUCUUCGCCAAGAUGAAGGGCUACCCGCAUUGGCCAGCGAGGGUGGAUGAAGUUCCUGAUGGAGCAGUGAAACCUCCUACAAAUAAAAUGCCUAUUUUCUUUUUUGGAACACAUGAGACGGCAUUUUUGGGACCAAAGGACAUAUUCCCAUAUUCUGAGAAUAAAGAUAAAUAUGGAAAACCAAAUAAAAGAAAAGGCUUUAAUGAAGGAUUAUGGGAAAUUGACAACAAUCCCAAAGUAAAAUUCUCUCAUCAACAAUCCCAUCCAAAUGUUAAUAACCCUGUUAAAGAGACUGUUGAGGAAAGCUGUCAAGAGCCUAGUGAGGGAAGUGAAGAAAAAGUAGGAGCCAAAAGGAGAAAGUCUACAACUUCCAAAUUACUUGCUAAACAGGAUAAUUUACCCACUGAAGCUGAAACAGAGGAAAAAGAGAUGGAUGCUGCAAAGGAAGAAGAUGUCCCUUCAGAAAAACUCAGUAGUGAAGGUCUGGUGAAAGCUAAUGAUGUACCUGUUCCUAAAGUUGCUAGAAGAGGGAGAAAAAGAAAGUCUGAAAAACAAGCAGAAGCUGAGGAAGCAGCAGUAGCUGUGGGAGCAGCUGCAACAGUGGCAGCAGCAACAACUGCAGUUGUUGUGACUUCUAAAGUAAGCCCUAAAAGAGGAAGACCAGCAGCUACAGAAGCAAAGGUUCCAAAACCAAGAGGAAGACCCAAAUUAGUGAAACCUCCUUGUUCUUCAGAAAGUGACAUUGUUCAUGAGGAGGAUAAGACCAAGAAAAAAGUACCAGAAGAAAAACCACCAAAAAAACAGCUGAAAAAAGAUGAGGAGGGUCAAAAGGAAGAAGACAAACCAAGGAAAGAUAUUGAAAAAAAGGAAGGAAAAAGAGAGUCUGAGCCAAAAAGGAAAAGUGCCAGUAAAGUGGGUUCUACAUCGGCCUCUGAUUCUGAAGAGGAUGGAGAAGACCAGGAAGGUGAUAAGAAGAGAAAAGGAGGAAGAAACGUUCAGGGUGCCCAUAGGAAGAAUAUGUUAAAAGGCCAACAUGAGCGAGAUGUAGGAGAGAAAAAACGCAAGCAAGAAGAGCCGAUGGAAUCUGAGCCGCAGAGUAAAGAGGAAAACAAGAAACCAGAAGUCAAGAAGAUGGAGAAGAAGCGAGAAACAUCAAUGGAUUCUCGGCUUCAAAGGAUACAUGCAGAAAUUAAAAAUUCACUCAAAAUUGACAAUCUUGAUGUGAAUAGAUGUAUUGAGGCUCUAGAUGAGCUUUCUUCACUUCAGGUCACAAUGCAACAAGCUCAGAAGCACACAGAGAUGAUCUUGACGCUAAAGAAAAUACGGAAGUUCAAAGUUAGCCAGGUUAUCAUGGAGAAAUCCACUAUGCUGUACAACAAGUUCAAGACCAUGUUUCUGGUUGGGGAAGGAGAUUCUGUCCUCUCACAAGUGCUGAAUAAAUCACUCGCUGAGCAAAAACAGCAUGAAGAAGCAAAUAAAACUAAAGAACAGUGGAAGAAAGGACAAAACAAGAAAAUGGAAAAAGAAAAAGAGCAAACAGUCUUUUUGCUUUGGAACUUCAAAGGUUCAAAAAUACUGAAUGGAGGGCCUGAUGCUCAAGACAGUAACCAGUCACAGCACAAUGGAGACAGCACUGAAGAAAAAAGAGAAAGGCACGAAGUCAACACUAAGAAAAAAACAUCUGGUGAAGAAAGAGAGCUUGAAAAAACAUCAAAGGACUCUUCUUCUGAAAAUAAAUGAUACCACUGGAAUUUUUUUAAGUACAAAAGAAGAGGAUUGUUAAGUUUUGGAUUUCAAAUGUAGACUGCUGAAAGUUUUAAAUAAUUUUAUAAGCAUAGUAUUUUAAUGUUUAAAAUUUUGUGGAAUAAAAGUCCCCUUUAAUGUUGGUUUUAAAAGUAUUUAAGCAUUCUUGCUGAUAGCUUUGUCUGGUAUUAUACAAGCUAUACACAGUUCAAAUAUGAAAAGAAAAUUUAGGCAACUGAAAAAUUCUUGUAUGUCACAGGAGUUGGAGCUGUAGUAAUAUUUUUACCUGACUGCUAUAUGUUAAUGUCUAGUUAAUGGCAGGAAAAAGUAUAAGCACUUUUUAAAAACUGCCAACAGCUUCAUUUGCAUCAACCUAUCUUAUUCCUAAAAUACUGACCUCUGUUUGUGCAUAGUUUUCAAAACUGCUGUUUGUCAGACUGUCUUUUCACUGUGUUUUGUAGGAGUUAAAAGCAGCAUUUUUAUAGGAAUUAAAAUGUUAAGGUAUAAGUGUGCAUAUAAUCACUCAUUUUUUUUAAACAAGAGUUUAGUUUUGUUCUUGCAAACUUGUGCCAAUAUAUAAUACUGUGACCUUCCAUGGUAUGCUUUUGGUAUUAUAGAUGUCACACUAGGAAAAAAACUGACCUGAUAUUUCCAUUGUACUUAUUGAUGCACAUAGAUAAGAAAACAUUGUCUUGAACAUUUUCUAAAAAUUAAAGAAUUUGAACCAAUACAUAA